AUGCAGCUGGUGGUCAGCACCUAUGAGCUAAGGGCCAAGAAGUCCAAGCAAGAAGUGGAGAUUGUGGACAGCGUAAAGCCUCCAAACCUCAUGAGGAGCCAUGGCUCGCAGGUGCUCCUGCUGGUCUCGGGACUGCAGCUGGUGCUGUUCAGCAUCCACGGCCUGCAGCUGGCAGCCUUCCAGGACCACCAGAGGCCCAUCACGUCCGUGUGGGUGGCAGCCUGUGCUGAGGGGAACCUCUACGCUCUGAUGCUGCCUCAGCUGCAGCUGGUCUCCAGAGUGACUGCAUUUCCCAAUGUUCCCGUGCAGCUCCUGUCUUCUCCUGACUGCCAGUGGGUGUUUGCGUCAAGUCAGAAUUCAGACCUUGAGCCGAAGGUGUUCCACACAGCCUCUCUGGUGUACCCAUUGGACGAUGAGCCUCCCGUCUUGACCACCUUCUCCAGCUGCCUGAGACCCCAAGCCUGCUGGGCUCCUGCUGAGGCGGCCAGGUUGAUUGUCAUGCACCCAGAUGGCAAUAGCAUGCAGCUGGUGGUCAGCACCUAUGAGCUAAGGGCCAAGAAGUCCAAGCAAGAAGUGGAGAUUGUGGUACAACAGAUUGCCAGCUUCCUGUUGCCAGACAGCGUAAAGCCUCCAAACCUCAUGAGGAGCCAUGGCUCGCAGGUGCUCCUGCUGGUCUCGGGACUGCAGCUGGUGCUGUUCAGCAUCCACGGCCUGCAGCUGGCAGCCUUCCAGGACCACCAGAGGCCCAUCACGUCCGUGUGGGUGGACCCAAGCCGAGUAAUCACCUCAUCGCUUGAUCUCUCUUUGCGUGUCUAUGUGUGGAAGAAGGAGAACAAGUUCCCGGUCCUCAAGAGCUGCUAUCACUUGCUUGGGGGAUCUCACCGAUGGGCCAGGUAA